AUGAGAGUAUAAAUUAUAAUGUUUAAUCAAGAUAGAAUUUAGAUAUCAAAACAGGAAAAUCAUUUAGACGUGAUUCUCCAUUAAUCAAUAGUAAUCCAACUUUUAAGACUGGACUUAGAUAUGCUAAAUUAUUAUUUAGUAUAUUCCUAUCAACAAUUAUAUCAGCAGGUAUACCUCUAUUACCACUAUUAGGAAUAAUACAAAUAGGAUUAUAAUAUAUUUAUGAUAAGAAUAUGUUAUUAAAAUAUCAUAGUUAUAAUGAAAAAUAAUAGGUAAAAUUAUAGGAACAAUUAAAAUCUAUAAAAAUUAUCACAUUGAAAUUUACCCAUUUCUUUCUUUUACUACAUUUAAUUUUUAGUGUAUUAAUUUAUGGUUACCCAUACAUUUACACUUAGAAUGGUAUGGGAGUUUCAUAAGAUUGGAAUGAUGUCUCAAAUAAAUUAUUAUCCAAAUUAAGUGCUGUUAUACCUCUUACUUUACUAUUUAUAAAUUUAUUAGUGGCUUUUAUCAUUGAUUUAAUAUUUUUUGGAAUUAACAAUAAUUGGAAGAUUUAAUCUGAUUAAAUAGGAUAAGAUGUAUCCUAAGACCUUGAAGAUCAUGUGAGUAUAUUGAAAGAAUAAGGGAGUGCCAUUUCUUAAAAUUUAAAAACAUUAUCAUGA